AUGGGAAGGAAAUCAACUAUCAAGCCAGCGACUGGGAUAGCAGUCGGUUUCAACAGCGGACAUGUGGUCACCAAGAGGAGUGUCAAAAAGAGCAUCAUGAAGAAGAAGCCAAAGUCCCACAGGAAGGAACUUAUAAAUGACGUCGUGAGAGAAAUAACUGGAUUUAGUCCAUAUGAAAAAAGAUUAAUCGAAUUGAUUAAAAUCGGUACCUCUGCUGCCACGAAGAGGAGCUUAAAAUAUGCCAAGAAAAAAUUGGGUACUCAUAAAAGGGGCAAGGCCAAGAGGGAAGAAAUACAAAAAAUUGUCAUUAUGCAGAGAAGAAAGGCCGCAACGGAGAAGCACUAA